AUGCAGCACCUACUGUAUCUGACGAACGCUUUGGAACUGGAGCGUACAGAACGCGCACGUCUCCAGCAACGACUCGAAACCAUCCAGCUCAAUGGCGGCGAUGAUGACCAGCGUCCUUUCGUCCUAGUGUUGAUUGACGGCAACGAACUCAUCUUUCGAAACACUCUCCUGAGCCAGGGCGACCAAGGUGGUCGUCAUGCGGCGCAAUCCCUGUUCCAGGCCAUCAACAUGUAUGCAUUCUCAACCAUCGCCACACUUCCUGCUCACAUUGAAGUCGUCGUCCGAGUCUUUGUCGAUCUGGAUGAGUUGUGCAGUCUCUGCCUUCGUGCUGGGAUGGUCGAUCACGGCAGCCAGAUCAAGGCUUUCGUUCGCGGGUUUUGCCAUGAUAAGCCUCUAUUCGACUUUAUUGAUGUUGGCAUGAAAGGUCGAGCCGUGGUGUUUGACAAGAUGGAGGGUUCGAACAUGUUUUUGCCUAUGCUUGUGCGUACGCUGACACGCGCACANGAAAACCUGAAUAUGAACAUAGCCGACACGCACUGCAAGCAAAUACUCGUCGGCUGUGAAGAUGGCGAGAUCUACGCGCCUAUGCUCAAGCAGCUGGCGCAGAUGGCUGACACCAAGGGUCGCAUCACCUUGCUCCAUGGUGCUCAGCUCGACAGUCGUCUCAUAUGGCUUCAGCUUGCUAGCACUCAGAUGGACCAAAUCUUUCGUAACACCAGAAUAGACACUUCCAAAUUGGUUGACCAGAUACCAGAAGCGAGCUCCAUCCCGGCUCUCCUCAGNGAGUCUGUAUCUCCUCCGCCGUUAUCGUCGUCUCCCGCAACAUCGUAUUCUGGCUUCCGCACAGCAGUUGGGACCGGGCGUCCUGCUGUUCGCGAAUUGCAUAGCCGUCAAGUAUCGGAAAGCUCGAAUCAAUCUGCCCCGGUGUCAGCAGCGCCAGCCACGUCUUGGGCUAUGGCAGCAAAGAAGGGAGCAGCAGUAAAAGCACCGCCGGAGAGUAUUGCCAAAGAGUAUAAGGAACUCUCGGCCGAUGGCAUACGUCGCAACAGAAAAGGCCAACGCAUUGACCCACCAACACCAGAGUUCAAGAAGGACGAGGUGAACCGUCUCAAGAAGCUGAAGCUUUGCAACGCCUACCAUCUUCGCCGCGAUUGUCCAUACCCCGAUGGCAAAUGUGAACACGACCACUUGUACAAGUGCAACCCAAAGGAGCUGGAGACAUUGAAGCUUGUGGCACGCAUGUCUGCCUGCAUUCACGGUAGUGAGUGUUCGGAUGCCAAAUGCAUCUAUGGACAUCGUUGCCCUUUCCCCGAGAGCAGAGAGAGCGGUACCAAGGGAAAGCCAUGCAUCAAUGGCGAGAACUGCAGGUUUCCGCCAGAGAUGCACAACAUGGAUCUAACUGCUGUCCGUCGUUUGAAAAUCGUCUGA